AUGGUUGAUAAAAAGCACGUCCGAUACAUGAAAUCCAACCGUAACCUUGGGGAUAUCCAUUAUAAAUUCAUGCAGGACUGCUCAAAGGCCAACAUUGGACCUACAAGGACUUUCAAUUUAUUGAAGGAGUUCUUGGGUGGGUACGAUGCGGUGGGUUGCACCGUUACUGACAUACGGAAUUGCAAGCGCGACAUAUUGCAAGAGAUGAAAGGCGCUGACGUCCAAAUGAUUUUAAAUCAAAUGGAGGUAAAGAAGAACGCAUGUGAUGGUUUCCAUUACAAAUUCCAACAAGGUACUGAUGGAAAGUUAAAAAGCCUUUUUUGGUGUGACGCUGUGUCGAGAAAGAACUACACAAUGUUCGGUGACAUUGUGUCAUUUGACACUACCUACUCAACAAACAAGUAUUGCAUGGUGUUUGGGCCAUUCACUGGAAAAGACAACCACGGAUGCCCUGUUACGUUUGGUGCCGGAUUCGUGUCAAAUGAGGGAGCUGACUCAUUUUCUUGGUUGCUGAGUGAGUUUGUCGAUUGUAUGGGUUUCGCACCUAAGUUGAUAAUUACCGACCAGGAUUGGGGCAUGAAACUUGCUAUAGAAAGGGUUCUAACUAGUACCAGGCAUCGUUGGUGCAUGUGGCACAUAAUGAUGAAGCUUCCUGAAAAGGUUCCCAAAAGAAUACUUGCCAACGAAGAGUUGAAGAAGGAUUUGGACUCUUGCAUAUGGUCUGAAUUGUUGGAGCCAGAGGAAUUUGAAGAAACUUGGCUGACUAUUGUCGACCAAUAUGGUUUACAAAAUGAAGCUUGGUUCACUACCAUGUUCGCACAUCGAGAGUAUUGGAUUCCAGCAUAUUUUAGGGAUUUCCCAAUGGGGUCGUUGUUGAAGAAAACUUCAUUCUCUGAGUCCGAGAACAGUUUUUUCAAAAGGUACACAAACCCGCAUUUUAAUCUCGCUGACUUUGUGAUGCACUACAAUAGCGCGUUGGAUGCUCAGCGUAACAUAACUGAGAGGCUCGAUUUCUCUGAUGCUUCAAAAGUCCCCAUCCUGUCAACAGAGCUUUUAUUCGAGAAACACGCAGCUGCUAUGUAUACAGAUCGCAUCUUUCAGCAAGUUCAAGAUGAGAUCGCCGAGGCUCAUCGUCGUUGCAGAAUGUCUCACUUUGAGUUGGAGGACAACACUGAGAUUUACACGAUAAUGGACAGCCAUCGAAACAAAGGUGUCGUCCGUCAUGAAAGCAAUGCAAACGACAUUUUUGCAUUAUUCGACGGAAUGGAAGAAUUAAGUCAUAAACUCUUUGGUGAUACAGUACCUUCCGUGUCUUCAAUGGGUAAAGCACAGAGUAUUGAGAACCUGUAUGGGCUAGCUCGACCGAAUGUUGUUACCGUGCACCCUCUUAAUGUAGUGAGUACAAAGGGAUCCGGCAGCACAUCUGGAAAAAGAAUUCAAUCAUCCUUAGAGAAGGCUAUCAUAUUACAGAACAAACCUAAGAGGCGAUGUGCAAAGUGUCGAGAAAUGGGUCAUCACGAUGCAAGGAAUUGUGGCAGGGAGAAAGGAAAGUCAAAUAUGUAG